AUGUCGUGGCGCACGGAACUACUGUUGAGCUUAGUAUUACUGUCGGCUGUUCCAUUCGAGGCCAAAAAUGUGUUAUUGCUUUUGGCCGACGAUGGAGGCUUUGAGAUGGGUGCAUACCGGAACCGUAUCGUACAGACACCUUUCCUGGACGCGCUGGCAAAGGAAAGUUUGAUUUUCAACAAUGCCUAUGCUUCGGUAAGCAGCUGUUCACCGUCUCGCGCCGCAAUACUCACGGGCAUGCCGGAGCACCAAAACGGCCAGUAUGGACUACACAACGGUGUGCACAAUUUCAAUUCCUUACCGAAAGUUCGCAGCAUCUCAUCGAUUCUCGGUAAGGCCGGCAUAAGGACGGGCUUGAUCGGCAAGAAACAUGUGGGACCGGAUGGGUCGUACCGAUUCGAUUAUGAGCGAACUGAGGAACAGUAUCCGAUUAAUCAGGUUGGAAGAAACAUUACGCAGAUCAAACUGUUUGUGAGAGAAUUUUUGCAGCAGGACAAAACAAACAAUGAUUCGUUCUUCCUGAUGGUGUCCUUCCACGAUCCGCAUCGUUGCGGUCAUAUAACUCCCCAGUACGGAAGUUUCUGCGAACGUUGGGGCUCAGGUGAAGAAGGAAUGGGAUUGAUCCCAGACUGGCAUCCGAUUUACUACGUGUGGGAUGAGAUCGACCUUCCAUACUACGUGCCGGACACACAACCUGCACGGUAUGAUCUGGCAGCUCAGUACACAACCAUUUCUCGGCUAGAUCAGGGCGUUGGACUCGUCCUCAAAGAGUUGCGCGAUGCAGGACUGGAGGAGAAUACGCUGGUUGUUUACACCUCUGAUAAUGGGCCACCGAUGCCGGCGGCCAGGACCAAUCUGUACGAUCCGGGAAUGGCCGAACCAAUGUUUAUACGAUCCCCCAACAAGGCCGCACGCCGAAACGAAGUGACAUAUUCGAUGACAAGCCAUCUCGAUCUUGUUCCGACCAUACUGGAAUGGUUUAACCUUACCCAUCCGCAACCAAACACGCUGACCGGUCGCAGUUUGUUGCCACUGUUGUUCCAUGAGCCAUCUAAUCAACCGGACGAUGCCGUGUUUGCUAGUCAGAGCUUCCACGAAAUCACGAUGACCUACCCGAUGAGAGCUAUACGCACCAAACGUUACAAGCUGAUACACAACCUCAACUAUCAGUUGCCUUUCCCGAUCGAUCAGGAUUUUUACGUUUCGCCAACAUUCCAGGAUAUACUAAAUCGAACACUUACGAAACAACCCGUACCGUGGUACAAAACGCUUCGUACAUACUAUCAGCGUCCGGAAUGGGAACUGUAUGAUCUAAAGAUGGAUCCAACCGAAUCGAGAAAUCUGUUUGGGAAAAGCAACAUGAAGGACACGUUUGAAGAAUUGAGGGGUCGUUUGCAGAAGUGGCUCGAAUUGACCGAUGAUCCUUUCCGUUGCGCGCCGAACGGUGUGCUGCAGGAUACCGGGGAAUAUCUAAAUAAUCCCACCUGUCUGCCCUUGGGUCAUUAG